AAGCUCAAAAGCAGACUCAAUUCCAUCCGUGCUUUGCUUGGUGAUGCUGAGGAAAAGCAGAUCAAGGAGGAAAGCAUCAAGCUUUGGCUAUACAAGCUCAAACAAGCAUGUUAUGACAUGGAGGAUGUGUUGGACGAGUGGAAUACUGCAUCCCUGAUGUUGCAGAAAGAUGAAGCAGAUCAGAACAGCUUUUUUCCUCUCAAGGGAAAGGUAUGUCGUCCCUUCAAUCCAUGUUUCUCUCUUGGUCAAGUUGUUCAACAUCGUGGCUCUGCUCUGAAAAUAAAGGACAUUAGUGAGAGAUUAAGUGAAAUUGAUGAGGAGAAAAACAAGUAUGGAUUUGCAUAUAGGGAAGAUACGCAGUCUAGAAGAGAAGAAACUACAAGUUAUACUGAGCUGUCAAAGCUCCAUGGUCGAGAUAAGGAUAGGAAAGACUUAGUAAGCAGUUUGUUGUGUGGUAGUAGUGAUCGGGGGCCAGGAGAGAGUGAUGCCAAAACCAUCUUUGUUCUAGGCAUGGGUGGUGUGGGUAAAACAGCCCUUGCCCAGCUGGUUUUCAGUGAUGGUGAAGUUAUGGAGCAUUUUGAUCGCAGAAUAUGGGUUUGCGUAUCAGAAGUUUUUGAUGGGAACAGGGUUGCCAAGGAAAUUAUUGUUUCUCUUGAAAGUCUCGAUCAUGUUUCAGCUCGAGAUCUUGAUUCUGUUUCACUGCAAAUUCUUGUGGAGAAAAUUUGCAAAUCUAUUCAGAGGAAGAAAGUUCUUCUUGUUCUGGAUGAUGUGUGGACAGAUACAAGUAGAAGCUGGGAAUCACUGAAUGAAGCUUUCAAACAUGCAGCACCUGAAAGUAGGAUUUUGGUCACCACUCGGAAGGAGACAGUUGUAGGGACCAUGAAAUCCUUUUGUGUCUUUAAUCUAAAGCAGUUGAAUAAAGAGGAUUGUUGGAAAAUACUUAGCCAAGAAGCUUUUGUUGGAAGAACUGAGGAACAAUGUAAAAGUUUGGAGGACAUGGGAAGGAAAAUUGCAGAGAAAUGUCGUGGACUGCCACUGGCGGCAAAAGCUCUAGGAAGCAUGCUGCGUUUUAGGGAAACAAUAGAAGAAUGGGGAGAUAUCUUGAACAGUGAGGUAUGGAAUUUAGGUUUGGGAGAAGUGUUUGCUGCUUUGCUGUUGAGUUAUUAUGAUUUACCCUCAGCAGAAAAACAAUGCUUUUUGUAUUGCUCUAUCUUUCCUAAAGAUUUUGAGAUAAAAAAAGAUGACCUGAUUCAUCAGUGGAUGUCACAAGGUUAUUUGAGCUCUAGUGAAAAUAUGGAAAUUAUUGGGGUUGGGUACUUUCAGUGCCUGGUGGCACGAUCUUUCUUUCAAGAUCUUGAAAAACAGGAGGAUGGCAGCAUAACAUGUAAGAUCCAUGACAUAGUAGUGGACUUCGCCAGACACCUGAUGGGAAAAGAACUUGAGUUUAAAGAGCUCCAUACUGCUGAUAAUCUCACUGUGCAGCUUUCUCCAGAGGAAACUCGCCAUCUGUCAGUAACACUGGCAGCUAAUACACGUUUCCCUAUUUCCAUUCUUGGUGCAGCAAAAUUGCAUAGCCUGAACAUCUUCAAGGUUGAUGAUGAAGAAGAAGAAGAAACUGCUCAGUAUUUGAGUAACUUGCUUAUUCAAGCAAAACAUUUGCGUUUACUGAAUUUCCAUGGUGGCACUGGUAAUAUUGGUAGAUUUCCUAAAGAAAUAGGCAAGUUGAUGCAUCUGAGACUGAUUGACUUGUCUGAUAGUAAGUUGAAGAGAUUACCUGAAGCAAUGUGCAAAUUAUGUAAUUUGCAAUCUUUAUAUCUAAGAAGAUGUUAUUAUCUGGAGAAAUUACCAGAUAAGAUGGAGAAAUUGAUCAGCUUAAGGUAUCUUGAUACAACUGAGUGUUGUAUGACUUGCUAUCCCAAAGGAAUUGGGAGAUUGACUUCUCUGAGGGAGUUAAAGGGGAUUGUGCUUAGAUGUGAUCGUAAUGACAAUGAAGAAUUUUGCUUGGGGGAUUUAGAAAACUUGGACGACCUUCGUGUUCUGAUGCUGAUAGUGGUUGGAGAUGAGAUUGAUGCUAAUGAAGCCAGCCGGGCGAACCUGCACAGUAAGGCACAUCUCAAUGACUUGGAGGUAGGUACUUGGGAAGAUGGUGUGGAUAGUGUGCGUGAACAUGCUGUUAUUAAUGCCUUAAACCCAGCUCCGAGGACAAAUGCCAGAUUUGUUAGGAAGAGAAUUCAACUUCUGAAUAAAAUCCGAGCACAUUUUCAAGCAGUCCGUGCAAGGGUGCGCCAGCGGUAAUUUGCCGAGAGAUUUGCUGAGAGAUUUGCUGAGAGAUUUGCUUCUGUUGUUGGUGAAAACAUGCUUCUUUUUCUUAAACAAGCUAUACUUGCGUUCGCAGCUGUUGUGUGUUUCUCUUCUUGUUAUUUCUGUUUUAUUGUACCAUAUGCAUUUCCAUGGUUUUUCUGUUGGAUGACAGAAUACAGAACUUAUAAUACUGUCUUUGAUUCUUUAUGAUUAAAUUCCUUUCCAUAAAAAUGGAAAAAGGAAAUAUCAUCUUGAUUGGUUGAUUGGUUGAUUGGUAUAAAGGAAUUUGCAAACCAUAUGUAUUAUGCUAGUUAAAGAUGUCUUCUAUUUGUUAUGUUUGUUUUACCGUA